CCUGUGCCAACAUACAGCGGAUACGGGGAUUUGCUCAGCGCCCGAGACUACCUUGACUCUCUGUCACGUUAUCAGAGAGCAAUGGGCUUGGACGAUCAGGAGGUGCUCGGGCGCGUUGUCCCGGCUGCACUGACUGAUACGGCGGCGAGGUGGUAUCGGCUUGCCGGCUACCGAGCAGCAACCCUCGAGGAGUUCCGCGCGGCCUUGCUGCGCGAAUUCCUACCCGCUGACUACGAGAGUAGGAUGCGGCGAGAGCUCGAGCUCCGUACACAAGCUCCUGAUGAGUCGCUUCAGGAAUACGUACGCGCGAUGGACGACCUUUUCUCUAUCGCUGAGCCCCGAGCCUCGAACGAGGAACGCGUCGAACGGGUGAUUCGGCAGGCACAUCCGACCUUUUCGGCGUACCUGCGCGGCGGUCGCUUCCGCGAUUUGGAGGAGCUGGCCGCCGAGGCAAAGCGCAUUCAAGGCGACCUUCUCGCCGCGCGCGCCUAUCGCCCGCCGCCGCCAGCCAGCGAUGCCCUUGAGCCGCGCUGCGCCUGGCGAGGGGCUGUGCCCCAACAAAAGUCACAGGGCGCUGCCUUUGCGGCUGCCAGUGGCUCCGAUAGCGGUGCCUUUGCACAAGCAAGCGGUGGGGGCGAAACAGCGGCUUCGCCGCCGUUCGGCGAAAGGGGCGAGUCCGCCGCAUUCGGACGAACCCUGGCUGCUAUCCAGGCCAACAGCGCUCCGCGGAGCCGGCCAGCGGGAGACUCUACGGUCGGUGCCAUGCGCCGCACGGGGUGGUACGGCUCGGUGACGGCGCAGUACUUGCUUUGCCUUUCGCGUCGUGGUAGCGUGUGA